GCCGUCCUCGCCGACAUGGAGGCCGCGGACGCCGACGACCGCCACCCCUCGGACAUGGCCGUGCCCCUCGUCGGGAGGCAGCCCUCCUCCGAGGAGAUCGCCGCGGCGCGCGCCCGCCUCGUGCAGAGGCUGGCCGCCCGCAGCGCCGCCGCCAACAAGAAGACCGUCCCGGCCGCCAGCAGCACCCCCGGCGCCGCCCCCGAGCAGGACCUGGACCUGCUGGCCAGCGCCACCGCCAAGUUCAGCGUGCUGCUGGGCCGCCUCGGGGACGCGCUGGAGGCCGCGCAGCAGUCGCACUACUACAGCGUGCUGUCCCGCACCACCCAGCCCGCCCACCUGGUGGCGUUCGUGUCCGUGGCCCUGGUGGCGGCGCUGCUCUUCCCCCGGCACGCGGACUCCGCGACGUCCCCGUCGACGUCCGGCGGCCGCGACGCCGCCUCGCCCGGCCCGGCGCCCUGGACGUACCUCGCCUACGUCGUGGCCUUCGCGGCGCACUUCGGCUCGCAGUUCUGGAUGACCUUCGUGUCGGGCCUGUCGCUCUUCUUCAGCCUGCCGCGCCACCACUUCGCCGCGGUGCAGAAGGUGCUGUUCCCGCUCUACUUCGCCAUCAACGCGGCCCUCAGCCUGGUGACGCUGUCCGCGUUCGUGCGCCUGCAGCCCUCCGCGUCGCGCUGGGACGCCGAGGUGGCGGUGCAGGUCGGCGGCAUGGUGCUGUGCUUCCUGCUCGAGCUGCUGGUGCGCCUGUACCUCACGCCGCCCCUGCUGCACCUCAUCACGGCCAAGACCGAGAUGGAGAGGACCGUGGAGGGCGUGGGCGAGGAGGUGGGCCGCUACGACCUGGGCCCUCUGACGCAGUGCCCGCACUACGUGAGGAUCCACCGCGCCUUCCGCAAGGUGCACACCACCAUCGCCAUGGCCAAUAUCGCGGCCAUGGCCUGCACGGCCCUGCACGCGCACUACCUGGCCGGCAAGAUCUGCGUGUGAGGAGAGGACUGCCGGGGCCUCGGCCGGGACUGACGUGACGGGGACCUUGCAGUGGGCGGCCCGGCCCGGAGCGCACAGCACCGCACAGCACACUGCAUUACUCCCGGGCAUGCGCCACGACCACAGUAUUGUAUUUAUUUAUUGCCAUUAGUUGAUGCUCAGAUGCAAUUUUAAUUUCUCUGAGGAAAGUGCCGCUUUCGAAUCAGCCUUGGCGGUCAUUUUCCUCUGGUUGAAGAUAAUGAAGAGUGCCAUGUGUCAAGAGCAAAUUCUAAAACCAAUUGCAACAGCUUUAUUUGACUGUCUGUGUUAAAUGAAAUAUUGCUCUAGUCAUCCUUUUUGUUUUCUUUGCCGAAAAUGUAAGAAGUAGUAGCUCUUUGGUGUGUACGAAUCUAAGUUAAGGUUUUCUAUCCAGUUUUGUAAAUAGACAUAAUUAAUGGUACCUGAAAUAUAUAAGCAUGACCAGAGUUGAAACUUUUGCAAU